AUGAUAUCUCGAUUGAUAAAUCCAUGUUUUCAGUAUGCUUGCUCUUUGACACUUGUACUCAUUGACUUUUUACUCCACUACUACUACUACUACUCAAAGCAGAACCGACCGCAGACCAUUGAGGAUUUUGCCAGCUCACACGACAGCUCCAUGUCUUCUUCUUCUUCUUCUCAAGGACAACCCAAGGCAGCAUUGUCACAUCUUGAUAUCAAUUCGGAUGAUGAGGAAGCUUGUUCUAUUUUGAUUGCUUUGGCUACGGGACAUACGCAUGAUAGGAAAGUGGAUACGAAAAGAAAGGAUAAAGCGACAAUGACCUCCAUGUCGAUCAAGAAUGUAGUAGUCAACCUGCCUGCACGUCCUAUGCCUCCUGUCCAUGAAAAAGACAAGCUGCAUCCUCCUGAAAAGAGAGCGGCACCCGCAGGAAAGAGCGUGCCAAAAAGAAGGACAAGCGCACUUCACGUACGCAUAUCGUAUUUUACCCAUUUUCAUCGACUCUCUUUGCAGCCUUGUUCUUCUCCCGCUGCCUCUUCGUUUCUCUCCUCCGCCUCUUCCUCCUUGACAUCGAAAAAGAUUCCCGAGAACGACAAAAGAGUAAUGAGGAGUGCUAGGAGAAAACGACGCUGA